AUGAAAUGUUGCCAUCCAAGUUUUGACGUUCAAAAGGGUGAGGCCUUCCCAAAACUUUUGACUAUGACCUUUUUAGGCAUGGCAAAAAUUUGACCGAACCCAUGCCUACAAUCCUUGUUACGUCCGCGCCAUUGCGUUGUUAAUCAUGUGAUCUAUUCCUUCUUAAUCUAUGCUCCGGCCAUUAUAUUGCAGACGGCAUUGUGUAUAUAUCUAUGGAUUGGGCGCGGUGCUUCAGCCCCGGCGGCAGAGAAGAACGCCGCCGCCGCGUUGUCAUCCCACCCUUGCCAACAACGACUUUGAAGAAAUUCACAUACAAAAAGCUCAGGAAAGCAACCAACAAAUUCAACAUGAGCAACAAAAUUGGGGAAGACACCUACAAGGGAAUCCUCCGGAGCCCAUCGGCGGGGGCGGAUCGCCCCGCUGCAUCGUCAUCCAAGAAGACGACGACGCCGAUGAUCGGUGUCGUCGUGAGAAACCUCAGCAGAGGCCUCCUCCUCUCCGAUCUCCCCAAAUGCCUCACUGAAAUUAAAAAACUCGAAAAGGUCUCCCACCCGAACCUCAUCCCAUUGCUCGGCUACUGCGCCGAGCCAGACGAUGCCCGCCGGAGGAGGGGAAACCCCCACCGGCGGGCAUAUUGUUUCCUCGUCUUCAACCUCCUCGUCCUCAAGAACGGGAGCGCCCACGACCGCCUCAUUCAAUACAAGACGCCCCCGCCAUACAAACCGAUUGCAUGGGAAAGAAGGAUCACAAUGGCUCUUCAGACAGGUCUAGCCCUAGAACACCUCCACGAAAACGGGAUCAUGUACCGCGUUUUCGGCUCGAAAAGCGUCCUUCUCGACGAGGAAUUCAACGUCAGGCUAUCUUACUCCGUCUUCCCGAAGCUCAACGCGUACAAAACGGUGUCGGAGCUAGAAAGGGAGACCUUGAAAACUACACCUGAUGAUGACAUUUUGGCCAUGUUUCUAUGUAGGGCACCAGAACUAUACACAUCAUAUUCGACAACGAAGGAGAAUGAUGUUUGGGGGUUUGGGAUGUUUUUGUGCGAGUUGCUGAUGGGUAAACCUUUGAUCUCGUUUCCAAAUCAUCAAGAAUGUAGUGGGGUGCUGGAAGUGUUGAUGAAGAGCUUUUCGGACAGGAACAGCUUGCAGAUGAACAUGGAUCCGAGGCUAAGCAAGGGCGGCGGCGGCGGAGAACAGAGGUUUUAUUAUGAUCCUGCGACGGUGCUAAAGAUUGUGACGAUCGCUGGAAUGUGUUUUCAGAAGCGGCCUGAAGCACGGCCCUCCAUGAAGCAAAUCAACAAAUUGCUGGAUAAGAUAUCUGAGUCCAGGGUCGAUUACAGGGAUGGAGAAUUAGACUGGUUCGACCACUGAUCCAUGGGCUUAUAUUCUAGUUGUUUUGUGCAUGUAUAGUAAGUAAAUGAGAUAGACAUUUUCCAUUUCUAGAAGUUUAUGUGUAUAUAGAUCAUGAAGAAAUUCAAGUCUUUAGUUUGUCACAUUUUUAGUGAUUAAGGGGCCGGGUCGUCAGUCGUCACAUCAUUCAUCACAACAAAAAAAUUAAGAGAUUGGUGUGGAUUUCGAAUUGAGACA